AUGGGCGGCGUCGCCGCGACCUCACUUCUUGCAAGACGGCCUCGGCCGAAACCGCAUACCGCCGCAGAGAAGCACCCCCACCGCGACGCCCAGGGACAAAGCCGCACCGUUCCCGACGCCGCCAUGUCGCUGGUCAAGCCCGACACUUUGUCGGCAACCUCGCGCUCGCCAUUGCACUCCCGCAAGAACACCGCUUUGACCCCCCAAACGGAGGAGGAUCGGCUCGGACCGUGCCGCCGAGGACCGCCGGAGCCAAGCCCACCUGGCUCGGCCACGGCACCAACAAUGGAGAGAGCGGGGCGGACGUCCGCCGGAGCCGGCCCCGACCGAGGACCGCUUGUCCCGCACCGAGGCCCUUCCGGCCCGGAUCGGGGCCCGCCUGGCCCCAAGCCGGGCCGCAUCGCCGGCGGCCGCCCCGCCACCCCCUCCGCCGCCGCCCAAGGCCACGAGCCGCACCGGCCCGUCCUCCGCCGGGACCGUCGCCGCCAUGCCACCGCCAUCGCCGCCGGACCGAGCACGCAGGCGCCCCGAGCCGCACCGCCGCCGACCGCUCCCGCCUCGCGCAGGACCACAGCGCGCGGGUAA